UAAGUUUAGCGGAUAAAAAUAAAAGUAAAAUGGAAGAAUCAAAGACUCCAAUGCACCCAACUUGGAAGAAGUAUAAGCUUAAUGUAGAAUGCCUUGCCUUUGACCCGUCAAGGGCGAUCGGAGUAUCAGAGGAAGAGAUAGAGCAGAUGUUGUGCUUGUACUGUGGGAACAUUCCAGUGCAUCCAGUAUCCUGCACUACUUGCACUGAAAUCCAGAGUUCUAAUAACAAAAAUAGACCAAUUUCUGGAAAUUUAGAUCAAUUUUCUUACUCUUUGUACUGAAAAUAACCAUUAUUCCAAAAUGCUCGUUGAGGGUGAAGCUUGUUAUGGCUGUAAGAGACCAUUAAGUACCACUAAAAAAGGGCUAUCAAAGCAGCAAAAGAAGAUCAGAGACAAAGUUAGGAUAAAACCCUUGGAAAAGUUCAGUAUCGAUCAAAAAUAUAAGGAAGUAUGCAAAUCAGAAGAAAAUGAUCCCCAAAAAUAUAUUAAACUGAAUCAAAUUCACGAAGAAAAGGACUACGAAGAAAUUAUGAGUGAAAUCCCAGACAACAUAGUCGAAAAGAUUCAAGAGACUCAAGGUAUUACUUUAGACUCAGGCUCAUCUGACUCAGAACAUUCCAUCAAUCCCAAUGGAACUUCUCACAAUAAAAACACCUUCCCUACCAACCUGUCUGGUAAAUUCCUGGCUGUCUUCGCUGUCUUCUUCGUCAUCCUCCCUUGUAUCUGCAUUCUCUUGUACCCCUCCAUGCAGGAGGCCCUAGCAGCCAGGCUAUCUCCCCAGUUCGUUCCUCCAGUAUUACCUACUACUGAGCAUCCAGUUCAGCUCCUUCAGAAGAACACGACUGUAGAAUUUUAAGUCCGAAAAUAACUCAAUGAAUCAAGAUUCUGAAAGAAUAGGACUAAAAACUGAAGAAUCCGAAGGAAGCACUAAUACAAUCCAAACAGUGGUCAUACCUCAAGCUCCGACCAGAGUAAGAAGAGUCCACCUUGAAGUUACAACUAUAAAGAAAGUCUACGUCCCACAGAAGAGGAUCAAUGGACUGAAAGUUGUCAAGUUAAGAAUCCAGAAGAAAAAUCAUGAAAUCGGAACACCUAUUGGGAAGGAACUGGGGAAGAUGGUUGUCCAAGUUUGCACUCAAGCCAAGAGAUAUUGGAACCAAAUUCCGACUUUAAAACAGCUGAUACAUGAGUAUAAUAAGCCUUGGUAUUUCGGUAAAGCAUAUGAAACAACCCAUGAGAUUAUUAGAAAAGCCUAUAUUCUCCUCCAAAACUGAGCAGAGGGGAUCUCAGUCAUGACCAAAGAGUGUGCUACUUUCCAAGAAUACAAAGUUGAGUCCAAAGAGGAGCAGGGGUGGUCUUCAACUGUUUCUUCAGCUCUGUUGAACAUCGCUUUUUGUCACACAAAUCCAACACAAUGAACAUGGUCAAAUUAA